GUGGCAGCGAAAUGAACUCGCUCGUAUUUGACCCCGAAAUUUCGUCCGCAUUUCAUUUUCAUUUCAUUUCAUCCCGUACCCAUAAGCGCCUAUAAAUAACCCUGCCAUUUGCCCCUUUGGUUCUUCGAGGUCGUGGCCGAGGUAGCGGUGCUGGGCGGUAUUAGGGUUCUUCUUCUCUUCGUUUUUAGUUUUUUGUCUUUUGUUCGUUUUGGUGGAAAGCUUGUCUUGGGGUUCUCUGUCUCCCCCCGGUGCUGCUUCAUUGCUCAGUGGAUCUGCGUGUAUGGUUGCCUAUUCCAUGUGUUGUUGGCCGCUUUGAUAUAGAAAGAACUCGGUGUCUUAUCCGAUUGGAGAUCUAACUAUUGCAUGCUGAUAUGAUGACCUUAACGAGGCUUUGGAGUGCAAGAAAUCUUAAUAUAGUUCAGAUUCAUUGAUCAGGAGCAAUGGAGGUAUUUGGCAAAUCCAUGAUUGCUGAGACAAGCAAUGUCAUUUUUCUGUCAAGUAUUCUGAAUGGGGAAGGUCCGGUCCCUAGUCACAAAUGUGACCAGCGGUGCCAAAAUGAACAUGUGUUCGGAAACAUGUAUCGCUGCAAACUAACAGGAAUUACACACAUCUGUGAUAGGAACUGUAACCAGAGAAUCCUUUAUGAUAACCAUAGCUCUCUUUGCAGAGUGAGUGGCCAGGUUUUCCCUCUUUCACCAGAGGAAGAGCAGGCGGUUAGAGGAGUCAGGAGGAAGUAUGAAGUCGAAAACUCUGACGGCUGUGCUUUUAAGCGCAGGCGUGAUGCUCAGCUGCAUCCUUCUCCUUUUGAGAGGUCUUUUUGUGCGGUCCCGCCAAUCUGCAGUCAAGUUGGAGAUGGCAUGGACAUGAGUUAGAGGAGUGUUAGUUUCACCCUUUUUUUUUUAUCUUUUAAUAUUUCUUUCCCUUGGAAAGAAAUUAAGAACCAACAAACUCUGAUGAGAGUUGAAUUUAAAACUGAAGUACUAUGAAACUGAGAAGCGAACUCGAUAUGUUCCAAACUAUUAGGAAAUCUCUUGAAGUUACUUAUUCAGCAUCUUUAUAAUGGAGUAGUUAUGACUUGAUGCUUAGCUCUUUUAUUUGCGUAGUGAUUUAACUAGUAACUCUUGCAUCAUUAAUUAAAUGCAAUUUCUAUGAAUAAGUUCCCAAGAAAUUGGGAUGUGCCAAUUUCGCUUGAUAUGGUUAGAAUCUUUUAUUUUAUUUUAUUUUAUUUUAUUUUAUUUUAUUUUAUUUUAUGGGUUCUAUGAGAUGGAUGAUUAAGAGACAUCAAAUUUGAUUAGAUUGGUCAAUGUUUUUUUCCUGAAUUUUGAUUGUAAUUGCUAUUAAUAGUUCUAAUUUAAAUGUUGUUCAUUGGAAUGUGGUCCAAGUCUAUGAGGUAUAUCAGCGUGUUCUAUUGUGUACUUCAACUGCAGGUAUUGGUGAUUCAAUUGAAGGCUGGUGUGGUUUGCCCUUGUUAGAUAUUCAUUUAUUUUUUAUUAUAAUUAGUUUUUGGGUGCAGGGGAUUUUGAUUUUCCUGAUUUCAUUCUUUGCUUUAUUAUAUUUACUUUGAGUCCUGAACUUCCUAGUUGUUUUGCAGGCUUUUUCAGGUUUUCAAGCUAAGGAGAAUUCAAAUUUACUUUGUUGUAUCCUUUCCUUUUGGCUUCUUGAUGUACAAAAUGUCUAAUCUCAUGUUCUAUAUUUUGCAGGUGUUGUAUGAUAUGCCAUGAUAAGCCGCUACUUUUUCAACACUCACUGUUGCUGGGAUAAUAUGGGACAUCAAUAUUGCCACCCAUUCGAGGAACCAAGAGCAUUAGUGCCACUUCAGUUGUAGCCUGUUCUUAAAGAGGUUAUCUUCAUUUUUGCUGCAAAUCAGCUCCUUUUAUCAGCUUGUGCACAUUCCUCUGAUGCAUGUGGGCGGUGGAGUAGAUCAGGAGAUGUGCUGACUUUUUUGAAGCGUUCACCUACUCUUUUGACAACCAAAUAGGAGUUACUAAAGUUACGGUCCACUUUCUUAUAAAAUAGAUCGUUUGUUCUAUGAUGGUUUGACUAUUUUUACAUACCUCCAGACUGACUUUGGACAACCAAACAGAAUUUCUUUGAUCCACAUUUGAGACUAGCUUUUAAAUCCGUUUUUAUGUCUUGGAAAUUGAGAACAACAGUGGCAGCAGCUCAUGCCUUUGGAGUUUUGACAACAGUAGAUUAUCCUGUCUUCUGUUUCUUUGUAUGUUAUUCUUUUAUGAAUACUGUAAGUGUUUUACAUAGCAUAUUUUAUUUCAA